CGAAUCGGUUCUUCCGCCAGAGAAAUAUAGAUCCUUGCGGCUCUCAUCACACGUCCGCACCGAUCAUCAACGUCCUAUUUAUCUACAGGUCUUUGGAACUUCUUCGGUUGUGGCAGAAAUGGAUUAGCUGAGAUUGGGACCACGUUUCUGUUCAAACUCUUUUUCAUCUCUUUAUUUAUUUCUGUCGCUCACUACCUCAUGAUGGCGUCGUGCUCUCCAAUUUCACGUUUUUGCCAGAAGCUGAACAGGCUGAAGACGUUAGAGGAUGACAUGAUGGCCACAUCUCUGAGCCGCUGCCUCUCUACUCUAGACCUGGCGCUGCUCGGUGUUGGUGCCAUGGUUGGUUCGGGUCUCUACGUCCUCACGGGAGCCGUUGCCAAGGACUUAGCUGGACCAGCUGUUGUGCUUUCGUUCCUGGUGGCUGGCAUAGCUUCACUCAUGGCAGCUUUGUGCUAUGCUGAAUUUGGCGCCCGUGUCCCCAAGACAGGCUCCGCCUACAUGUUCACAUAUGUUUCCGUCGGGGAGAUCUGGGCCUUUCUGAUUGGCUGGAAUGUAGUUCUUGAGUAUAUGAUUGGCGGCGCAGCGGUUGCUCGUGCAUGGAGUGGCUACCUGGACUCCAUCUUUGACCACCGCAUCCGGAAUUUCACGGAAAGUCACGUAUUGCGCUGGGACGUACCUUUCCUCGCCACAUAUCCAGACUUUCUUGCAGCAGGAAUACUGUUGAUUGCAUCUUUCUUAAUUUCAUUCGGUGUGCGUGUCUCAUCUUGGCUAAAUCACAUCUUCUCUACAGUCAGCAUGAUAGUCAUAGUCUUUAUCCUGGUCUUUGGUUUUGCUCUGGCUGAUCUGGAUAACUGGAGUGCUGAAAAAGGUGGGUUUGCCCCCUAUGGCUUCUCGGGCAUCAUGGCAGGAACAGCCACCUGCUUUUACGCAUUUGUAGGGUUUGAUGUUAUUGCUGCAUCCAGUGAAGAGGCACGUGACCCUCGGAGGGCUAUUCCCAUGGCAACAGCAAUAUCGCUAGCUCUGGCAGCUACAGCCUACAUCCUGGUCUCGAUGGUUUUGACACUGAUGGUCCCAUGGAACACGCUCGACCCAAACUCUGCGCUCUCUGAUGCGUUCUUCCGGCGUGGCUACAGCUGGGCCGGCCUUAUCGUGGCUGUGGGAUCCAUCUGCGCCAUGAACACGGUGUUGCUCAGCAACCUCUUCUCUCUGCCUCGCAUCGUGUACGCCAUGGCUGAGGACGGACUCUUCUUCUCCGUCUUCUCACGUGUUAAUCCUGUCACCAAAGUGCCCGUCAUUGCCAUCUUGGUCUUUGGCAGCCUCAUGUCUUUUCUAGCGCUCAUCUUUGACCUGGAGUCUCUUGUCCAGUUCCUCUCCAUUGGCACACUGUUAGCGUACACCUUCGUAGCUGCAAGUGUUAUCGUUUUGCGCUUUCAGCCUGAAAAACAUGUCAAGAAAGAUGCACCAGCGCCCUCACCAGGUCAACAGAGCAACUCUGUCUCGGAUCUCAAGGAGGACAGUGGUGAGCUGAAGGAGUACGAAUCAUUUUCAGACAAACUGCGUUUGGUGGAGAGGCAGAAGCUCCCAGGUGCCCUUCAAGCCCGUUGGGAGCCGUACCUGGGUACCGUAUUAGGAGACUGGGCGCCAGGCGAGGUGGUGGCAUUCAGCGUAUUGGCACUGAUGGUGAGCGCAGUGUCACUCUGUUCAGUGGUUGUUUUUGGACAGAGUUACCUGAAUCUGCCUACGUGGAGCUUCGUCCUGCUGCUUGUGAUCUUCAGCUUGGCGUUCCUCCUCAGCCUCAUCGUUAUCUCUGUCCAUGAGCAGCAAAAGAAAACCAAGAGCUUCCAGGUUCCCCUGGUGCCAUUCGUACCUGGUGUUAGCAUCCUGCUGAAUGUGUUUCUCAUGAUGAAGCUCAGUCCACUCACCUGGCUCCGGUUCACCAUCUGGGUAGCUGCAGGGCUGUUGGUGUAUUUUGGUUAUGGUAUCUGGCACAGUAAAGAAGGCCUGAAGGAGCCCCAGUGUGUUUCCGCCCGCUACGUGGUUCUCCCAAGCGGUAGUCUGGUGGAAACGGUCCAGAACGUCCAGCCUGAGGGACACACACACACUCACACACCCACCACAAACGCUCCUACGACGGUCGCCGCCGCCGACCCACAAGCCAACAGAUGAUCUGUGUAUGUGUGCGAACACGUGUUAGACAUGCUAAUUGUGUAGUGUGUGUGAGUGUGUGUAUUUUUAUGCUUCUCCUUUACUGCCACAGUCUGUUCUGCCUUUCUGAGGAUCACGUCAAGGUUCUAGACUCGGGAAUGUUGAUUAGUUUGAGGAAACACUAAGAGACGUGUGCGUGUGUGUAGUUGUGACUCUUUCGCUCUUUGUUGAAUCACUUCCUGUGUUGAUUUACUACUGAGAUGUAGGCCAAAUAUGCAGCAAAAGUCUGAAUCAUUACCAAGACUGUUUAUUUCAUCAAACUCUAAUCCAUCACCACAUGCAGUAUAUUACAUUCAUUACAUGGAUAUGAACAAGUUCAUUUAUAACUUAUUUUCUGGAACAUUUACACAAAAAUGUUUUAUUAGUUAAGAAACUGCUACCAUUUUCUAUACAGUUUACGCUGUAAAACUAAUGGCACCCUACAGAAAGAGGAGCAUUAGUGUGAGUUUGUGGUAGAUGAUUUUCUGCAUUACGAAUUCAGCUUUUGAAAUGAACAGUUCAUGGUAAUGAGAUUUUUGAUUGAUUUUUGUUUUUGUGGCUUUUCCCGUCUGUCAUGUUAUUAGCCUGGAUUGUUAGCUGUGAUGUGAUGGAGAAGGCGAAAGCUUGCGGUUUGGGAACUUUAAAGUCCUGCACGUGAUUACGGCUUGAAGAGACGUUCGUGUGCGACGUUUAAAAUGGUAAACAAACAUGAAUGCAGCCUUAGUUCAAUUCUUGUUCUCUCAGAGGUGUUAAUUUACAGGUGUUAAUGAAGUGUUUCAGUUUUGGAGUGAGUUUGGAGUGAGCGGACCAGACGAAUGUGUGUACUGAAUUAAGAGUAACGUAGAGAUGAUUUUUUUGACACAGUGUGUGUUUAUUGCUGAGGGGUUGGAGGUUUGUUGAGCUGACAUAAGCAAGGACAAUCAUUGAUGCUGACACACACACACACACUUUCUUUAUGCUACAAUCAGAAGUCUUCACACACUGUCAUCGAUUAGGAUAUAUUUAAUUUAUCUUUCUCUAUAAUAUUUAUAUGUAUUUAUUUAAAUGUUUUAAUGAGUUUUAUGUUACAACGGAAUGUACAUUCUUUUGAACGGCAGUUUAAGUGUCAGGACCAAAAUUUUACAUGCAGCAGUGUUGCACUGGGCUAUGCUCAUUCAUACAGCUACACACUCUCUCUCUCACACACACACACACACACACACACACACACACACACACACACUCUUACUCUUAAGGCCUGCCAGUUCCCACUGAGGGAUUAAAAGCAAGUUCUUCUUUAUACAUGUCAUGUGAUAAGCACAAAUUUUGCAUGACCUUUUUUCUCUCUUUGUCUCUCUCACGCAUACUAUUUGUACUAUUCGUGUGUGUGUGCGUAUGAGAGAGCGAGCGAGCACAGGGCAAGGCCUUGAGAUAUAAUUUAUUCAUGCAUUCAGGUCAUGUGGAUUACAAUGAAAUUAAGGAAAGGGGUUAAAAUCGGAUUAAGUCUAGUUUUAAAGUUACAUAUUUUGAUUAUUUUGAUUUAAAUUAUAUGGAUAAUUAUUCGAUAAAACUUAGAAUGUGGAAGUUUGUCAAGAUGGAUGAAUUAAACUCUAAAAUUACAACUAAUAUGUUGUAAUAUUUUUAGUAAUCUAUUUGAGCUCAAAUUUUUAUGUAUUUAAAAAAUGAUCCACAUUAUUAAAGUGAUGUCAGUGGCAGCCGAUCGGAUUUCACUGCUACAAAUAUACUUUUUGUUUAUAGAACUAACAAUUGUUAAUUAUUGGCCUGUAUAAUAAUGGAGAUGUUUACAUCUCACUGAAUGUGAUUAUGACUAUAAUAUUGUAACUGUACAACAACAACAACGUCUGCUGAACAUAUUUAUACACUUCUAAUGUUGCACUGCUGCAUAUAAACACUUAGUACAUUAGUACAUUAAAGUCUGAGGCCACAGCUAAGAACUUAUUAUUAAUUUAUAUGUUAUAGUUACACACUCUGAUGCUCGGCCCCUACGGUAUGAGAUUUGGACACAUCAGUGAGUCUGUAGUCCAUCGUACAAGAUCUCACAGCACUCCUGUAAUAUCAGGAAGCUUUGAGUUUUGUUUAUUUCUGUUUUGUUUGCUACUGUAUCUCCUCUUAUCUACUGUAGCUCCUCUAAUCUCCUCUUAUCUACUGUAUCUCCUCUAAUCUCCUCUUAUCUACUGUAUCUCCUCUAAUCUCCUCUUAUCUACUGUAGCUCCUCUAAUCUCCUCUUAUCUACUGUAUCUCCUCUAAUCUCCUCUUAUCUACUGUAGCUCCUCUUAUCCACUGUAGCUCCUCUAAUCUGUUGAUUAAAUGAUGGUACUCUGUGUUAUGUUAUAAAAUUAGAAGGAUAGAUCUUCUAUCUCUCCUGACACUCCCGUGUUAGAAAGGCACAAAUGUUUGCUAUUUAAUGUUAUAACAUUGCCGUCAUGUUAAAGAAUUGGUGCAGCAAGAAAUAACUUUUGCACAGUUUUCUGUCCAUACUUUAGUCUGUGUCAAAGUCAGAGACAUGUUUGGUGUCCUGAAUUUACUUCUUUAGCUUUGUACGGAAAUGAGAAGUGUGAAGUAGCUAAAAAUAACAGGUCUAUCUCAUCUGUACGGUUUUCCAUAAAUCGAAUGUAAAGCUCUGGGAGGUGGAGCCUUUAUGGGUGGGGCAUUUGUGGGCGUGGCCUUUAUGGGCAGGGCCUAGUUGAUUUUGGAUAUACAAAAUGGCCACCAUUUGUAUUCCAGGCUAAAACAACCAGACUUCUUCCAAAACCAUCAGCAUUUGUGAAUAAUUUUGAAUGAGAUAACUUGUUAAACUACGGUAGCUACGGUGCUACAAAAUAAACUAAAAGUUUAUUAUACACCAAACAUGUCUUGGUUGACUGACUAUAACUGGGAUAAGUGGAACAUUUUAUGUUUUAUUUAUUUGAUUUUAUGUUUAAUUAAUUUAACCAUCUCAGAUGGUGGCUGAAGGUUAUAGACGAGCUGUCUGUGUUUAGUUUGUUUAUCUGCUGUAAAGAACAUCAUGUCUGCUGCUAAUCAUUCCCAAGUCCAUGCUGAAUUCCAUUUGGUAAAAGACUCAACACUGAAGACGCUGCGUCUCAGAUGUAAAGUCCACGGCAGAUGUAAAUAACUGUAUCUGUGUAUGUAACUAUGCCACAACGAUGUAACCGAUGGCCUUAACGAUGCUGUUUAUACUCGAACCAUUCCCAAAGCUGAAAUGAUGUAUAAAACAUUUUUAAAGUC